UGUCUCUUCAUUCAACUGUCUGCCUUGGUCUGAAUCCCCCUUUCCCUCUCUCACUCUUUCAUUCCAUCUCCCCUGAUAAUCUGUAAGGUUUCGCCAUCCCAGACACCAGAGUUCUCCAGCAAUCAGCAGGUCUUGAGGCUGCAUCGUCAUCACUCGUCCGUGCUCCUUUUAGACACCGGCUGGCCCAUCCCAGGAGCUGGUUCCUCUCUCGGAUGUGCAGACUUUGGGGAAGUGUCUCGCCCCAUGGGACGGACGGUCACAGAUAUUUGUAAGAGCUCGGGGUUGCUAUUUAGGUAGCUCAUCAAAGGAGCAGAUUCACCCGGCAGCAGCAUCCUGUUACACCCAGCAUGGAGCUCCUCUAUCUCCUGGCUUCUCUCCAGAUCCUUUCCCGGCUGGUGUCACUUGCAGCCCCCCUGCAAGCCCCAACAAUGAUCAUGGACCCACAGCACCCUGUGUAUUUCCCGGGGGAGCGUCUCACCCUCAGAUGCUCAGCCCCUAGCUGGGAGGCAGUGACCAGCUACCAGUUCUACAAUCAGCGCGGGGAAUGGGUCUUCACGGAAACCACUGGCCUGCUUGGGGGGCCCUGGCUGGUCCUGACGGCUGAGACGGAGAAGGCCGGGGAGUAUAGCUGUGAGUACUGGGCAGUGAGGGAUGGACGGCACAUCUACUCUGCACGCAGCCAGCCUGUCUUGGUACCAGUGAUGGAUUUCCCUGUUGCUCCAUCCAUCUCUGUGAUAUCUGAUCCCCCGGGGAAGAGCCCUGUUACCAUCCUAUGCUCGGCCCCUCCGGGACAUGUGGCUACAAGGUACCAGUUCCUGAAGCAGGGGAAUGUCAUUGUCUCACAGCCAGGUGCCCGUCUCCAGCUCCGUCAGUCUGAUUUGGACGCUACCGGCUCUUACGCCUGCAGCUAUGAGAUCAGUGUCUCAGGGAGAAUGAUCCAGUCACUGCCGAGUGCCCCCCUCUCACUCCAUCCGACAGGUUCUUCCGUGCUCCCAGAAAGCUUUCGGCCAAUGCUACGGCUGUCCCCAACGGGCCCUGAGUUCACCACUGGUGAGUCUGUUACCCUGACGUGCUCAGCUCCCAGCUGGGAGAAGAAGAUGCAGUUCUGUUUCCUCAAGGCCGGGGAACAAGUGGCAUGCACAAGACAGGCCGUGGAGGACUCUCAGAGUUACCAGAUUGGCAGACUCGGCAUGGAGGAUUCUGGCUCGUACACCUGUACAUACUGGGUAGCCGAACCUGGGCAGGAGAUGUCCCUAGAGAGCCAGCCCAUCUCCAUCACAGUCACAGCUCCUCCUCUGGCCCCCAAACUCUCUCUGCAUCCCAAGCUCCCUGUGUACCUGCCCGGGGAGAAGGUCACCCUCAACUGCUCAGCCCCCCAUGGCGAGGAGGUGGUGGGGUUCAGGUUCCACCAGCACAGAGGGGAUCAGACCCUUGAAGAGCUGCCAGCUGCCAGCGAGGGGCCCUGGAUGGACCUCAUGGCACAGACGGGGAAUGACGGCUCCUACAUCUGUCAGUACUGGAGAAGGGAGGCUGGGCAGGAGAUUGUAUCCGAGAACAGUAACAGCAUCACUGUACCAGUGUCAGACUCCCUUCCUCAGCCGUUGCUAAUAGUGGAUCCCCCAUCUGGAGUGGUGAAUGAAGGGCUCCCCCUGCUCAUCACCUGCAUGACCCCUGGUGACCUUGGCGCGUGGAGAUUUCACUUUUACAAGGAUGGAACUGAGAUCGUCCCUGGAGAUAAGGGGUCUGAUAUCAGCACCACGGAGUCUGUCUCUGACUCUAUGAACAUUUCUGUGCUCAGCAUCCCACAGGAUGGUCCUAACAACACUGGGGAAUUCACCUGUGGGUACGAGAAGAACAUGAGUGGGAGAUGGAUCCAGUCCCCCAGGAGCCAGGCUGUGACUGUUACCUGGAAUGUCACCAGGAAUUACAACUGGAGAGGUGAGGCCCCCAACAGCAUUAACAGAAUGAGAAGGAAUAUUUCCUCUGACAUGCAGUUCCCAUCUUGGACCCAUAGGUGGCAGGAUCACGUCGUGUAUCUAGCAUGCAGAAAUUCCUUUCUUAAAGGGGAGGGCGCAGAUUGUCCCUAUUCUGCAGGCUGCCUGAGGUAUAGCGGAGUCCACAAUGCCAUGCAGGAGAAGCGUUUACAUUGGAGAUCCUGGCAUAAUGCCUACUGUCACUCUUCCCCCAUCUCUCAAGCAGGCUGGGCUCUGCCCCUCCCUUUGGUGGCUGGUUGUGGUGGUGGAGGAGCUGCUCUGGGGCUACUGGCUCUUCUUGGCUGCUGCUGGAGAAGGAAAAAGAAAGGUAGCAGCAAGACAGCAACUGGCUACCUGGGUGUCAAUGGAGCCCCUGGGGUCCAUUUAGCUCUGCAGCAAAGGAGUCAUGACGGGUGCGAUCAGCUGGUGACCCACAACCAGCGGCGGCUGCCCAGCAUCCCUGGAGGUAAAUCCAAGAACAGAGGCAAGGGACAAGAGGAUGCAGGCACCAGGGCAGGAUGCCCUACCCUGUAUGCUGUAGCCACAUGCCCAUCUGUGAGCCAUGGGAGCUCCACGUUCCACCAGCGAGGAAGGAAUUUGGUCUCAGAGGAAGUUGUGUACAGUGAACCCCUCUUCUAAUCCCUGCCCCCCCCAACUUCCCAGAAGCACCCUGCUCCCAUUGCCUGCGAAUUCCCCAGAUGUCAAUCUCGGCUCACUUUCAAAUGCUUGUCACAGCAAAUACCUCAGUUUUGUUCUUUUCAUCUUGUGGGAUAAGGGGGGUGGGAGGCAGGAUUCCUGGGUUCUAUACCCAGAUUUG